CAAGAUGGCGGCCGCUGCGUUAAAAAAAUGUGCAAACAUUUUCACAGUAAAUAAGCUUCUUGUGAGCAUUAGAAUGAAGUCUUUUCGAGCUUUAGGCGUUAAUGAUAUAAUCAGUAAUAGACUUGAGAAGUUAGGGAUUGUUGAACCGACUGAAAUUCAAGAAAAAGCCAUAAUUAAAGUAUCUAGUGGAAGAAAUACAAUUAUUAAUGCGGAAACAGGAAGCGGGAAAACAUUAUGCUACCUACUUCCAAUAGUAAACAAGCUAAUCAAUGAACCAUCACUUCUUGACAGCCCACCUCAUGCUUUGAUUCUGCUUCCAACUGUUGAACUCUGUCAUCAGGUCGCUGCAGUUUUCAAGUCCAUUGCUGAACCAGACAUGUAUCCUUCUAUUGUCACACGAGAUUCAAACCUACUUGUAAAUAGAAACUACCCUGUGGUCAUGGCAAUGCCAAGUUCUCUCCUUAGUUACAAUCUGGAUGUCCUCAGACAUGUUAGAGUUGUUAUAGCAGAUGAAGCAGAUUUUCUGAUCACGAGUGGGGGGAAAGAUGUUUGGAAAUUACUAAACUUUUUCAAAUAUGGAAAACAUUUGAAGAAAAAAUCUAAGUAUGGUUCAAAAUUCAACCAAAAAAGUAUCCUUCGAAGUGAUAAAAGAACUGAUAAUAAGGGAAUCCCUGACACAACUGUUUCUGCUCAAAGACAGUUUCUUUUUGUAGCAGCAACUCUGCCCUCAAGGGGGAAGAAGGCAAGUCUCAAUGUCUUGACAAAAUGGCUUUAUGAACCUGAGGUUGUGACGACGUCAAUAGUUCAUCAAACAUUACCCACAUUAGACAUGGAAUAUGUUAGAGUAACUGAAGAUACAAAACUAAAAGAAUUGCUGAGAGUUUUAAAUAAGUUGGUCUGCUUGGAAUAUGAAAAUGAUACUAUAAAUGCAAAGAAGAAUUCAGAAAUUCUAAGUGGAGAAAACUUGCAUAGUGGAAAUGAAAAAAUUGAAUGUGAUAAAACAAGCAAAAACACUGAUGGCAAUCGAAAGGCUCUUCGAGUUUUGGUUUUCACAAACACUGCCCAACAGGCAAAUAAAGUAUUUGAAUUUCUUUCCAACUCAGAGGAUCAGUUAUCCAUUCAACAGAAAUCCUUCAUCGUCAAUCAAAAUAACAGUACCCAAUUGAACAAAGGGACUUUGAUUGACAACUAUUGGCAGGACAAAUGUGCAGAGCUACAUAAAGAUGUUGCGGUUGAAAAGAGGUUGGACUCCUUGGAGCGUUUCAAGUCUGGGGAACUGAAGGUUCUUGUCUGUACUGAUAUAGCCUCACGUGGAUUGGAUAUCCCGGAUGUCAGUCACGUGAUUCAGCUCGAUUUUGCUUCCAAUGCUGCGUAUGUCCUUCACAGGGCGGGGAGAACAGCCCGUGCUGGAGCGCAUGGAAAAGUGAUCAACUUCAUUACAACAAAAGACGAAGAUUUAGCGAGAGCAAUCCAAGCAUGUGAUGACGACCCAGAUACUGACUACGACUCUACGUUUAGCCGAAAUCGAAUGUUCAGACGAAGAAUCAAAAGAAAUGUGCUGCCUUUGGCUGAUUUUAUUGAAUAUACUUCAAAUUAGAAGCCUCGCUUACCAGUGAUGAUAGAAAUAAAUUAUGAUAAAAUAA